AUGCCAAAAGCAUAUGACUGCUUGAGUGUAAUUUUGAAACAUAAUGUUUUCUUGAUCAUGAUAUUCGACUUCCUUUUGCCUAAGGCAUUCGUUUCCCUUAGAGAAAAUUUGAAACAAAAUGAAAUUCCAGUCAGGGCAGUUGACAUUCCUGGUAUCUGUACAUUUCCAUCUUUUCACACCUAUUUCCGCCACAUUAAAGAACAUUUAUCUGUUUUCUGCGGUUCAUGUUCCAUUGGAAACAUUGUUCUGAAUCUGAACUAUGAACUAUGGCCCUUUGGCUGCAGCAAUGCCUGGCAUGUAACAUACGGAAUUGGGCAAGAGAGAUUGGGUCAUGCUUGGACGCUUAUCCUUUUGACAUCUCUGCUUCAAAUUUCGUUUGUGUCUUCAGAUGGUUUAGCUUAUCUUCCAUCAGAAAGCAUUUUUCUCGACUGUGGCUCUUCAUUAGAGCAAAGCCAAUCGUAUAAGGGUAGAAACUGGUCAUCUGACAUCGGCUCACAAUUUGCAGCUUCUAAUUCAGAUAGCAACUCGACUCUCUCCAAUGCCUCUAAAGGAACAACAGUCCCUGGAGUCCCUUACAUGACUGCAAGGCUUUUCUACUCCAAAUUUUCUUAUACCUUUAAUGUGACCCCAGGCCCAAAGUUCAUUCGUCUUCACUUCUAUUCAGAUUCUUAUGGAGGUCUCAAUGCUUCCGAAUCUUUUCUGACUGUCACUGCUGGUCGCUACACACUCUUGAGAAAUUUCAGCUGCUACCUCACUGCCAAAUACUUGAAAGUGGAUUACUUUUUCAAGGAAUUCAUCAUUCAUGUUGAAAAUCAUACUCUAGAGUUGAUAUUCGGCCCUACUUCGGAUGCUUCUAAUGCUUAUGGCUUUGUAAAUGGAAUAGAAGUUGUUUCCAUGCCACUUAAUCUUUACAUUCGUGGCAACGACGUAUAUCUUCCUUUUGUUGGCUUCCAUCCGAAUGUGCUCUCAUUUGACUAUAAUUUUGCCCUGGAGAUGGUUUACAGAGCAAACGUGGGAGGCCAAACCAUUUCCCCCGAUCGAGAUACUAGAAUGUUCCGCACUUGGAAUGCUGAUGAGAUUUAUAUCUUUGGAGCUGCUUUUGGCCAGCUAGAUUAUGAUCUCACUCUUCCAAUUCAAUAUUCAAAGAUGGUUCCAGCUUACACAGCGCCUGAAGAUGUCUACCGCACAGCUCGUUCGAUGGGUCAGACUAAUGAGAUCAACAAGAACUACAACUUGAGCUGGUUCUUUCCAGUGGAUACUGGUUUUAAAUAUCUAGUCAGGCUCCACUUCUGUGAGAUUGUGCCUGGUAUGACCUUGGAAAACCAGAGGGUGUUUUUCAUAUUCAUCAAUAAUCAAACAGCUGAAAACCAGGCAGAUGUGAUGGUAUGGAGUAAGGGGCAUGGUAUCCCUGUAUAUCGAGACUAUGUUGUGAUGAUUCCGCUACAAACUGUUGGGAAGCAGGAUUUAUGGCUGGAGCUACACCCCAACAUCCAAGUUAAACCUGAGUACUACGAUGCAAUCUUAAAUGGAGUGGAGAUAUUCAAGAUAAGCAACUUCGAUGGAAACCUUGCUGGACUCAACCCUCCCAUAGAUGAGUCUAAGUUUCAGCCUUCUGCUGCACCAUCCAAAAAGUCGAAGAAAGGAUUACCAAAGGAAAUUAAGUACUCAAUUAGUGGGGCAUUUCCACUCUUUUUCUUUCUCGUUGUUUUCUUGGUGAUCAAAACAAAGAGAAUAUGGAAAAUGAAAAAAACCAAGGAUUCAUCCCACUGUCGCUCUUUUUCUUUUAAUGACAUUAGAAAGGCAACUGACAACUUUGCUAAUUCACUGGUUAUUCUCGACUGGGGCUUUGGGAAGGUUUACAAAGGUUCCAUUAAUGGUAUAGCUACAUCAGCAGCUAUCUUGCGAAUGGCUAAGGCAACAUCAGAAGAAUGUUUCUUUGAAGAGAUAAAAAUGCUCUCUCAAAUUCGCCAUCACAACAUCCUCCCUCUGCUAGGCUUUUGUCAAGAAGGCCUCGAGAUGAUCCUCGUGUAUGAAUACAUGGAUAAUGGCACCCUCUCCGAUCAUCUUUACGAACAUUUGGAAGAACGGAAGAAACCUCUGUCAUGGAACCAGCGCCUCGAAAUUUGCGUUGGAAUUGCAAGAGGCUUGCACUACCUCCACACCGGAAAAAAACGCCCCAUCAUACAUUGUGAUAUCAAUUCCUCCAACAUCUUGUUAGAUAAAAAUUUGACAGCCAAGAUUUCAAAUUUUGGAUCAACCAUGACAUCCCAAAUCAGCAAUGGCUCGAGUAUGGACGGCAGCAUUGGUUCUCUAAAUCUUGAUUGGGAUAAAAGAUUUACUACAAAAACAGACGUGUAUUCAUUUGGGUUGGUGCUGUUGGAAGUACUCACUGGAAGGCCGGCGCCUGCGAAUCUUAAAGCAGAAAAUGAUGAGAAUGUAAGCAGUGGUGAUGAUCUCGAAUGUUUGAUUCCACCAGCAUCACAUUGUCUUGAGAAGGGAGAUACUGAUCAACUGGUGGAUCAUCAUCUGAAAGGAGAGAUCUCACCGGAAUCUCUUCGAAACUUUGUAAAGAUCACAAAACAAUGCUUGGCAAAGAAAGGGGUCAGGCGGCCAUCCAUGAGUGAAGUGCUUUACGACUUAGAGCAACUGCUGAUGCGCGGGGAUAGCGACUCAAAUGCGUCAACAAAGUGCCUAUACCCACAAAGCAGCUCGGAUUUGAUGCUUGGGGUGGAGUUUUCUGAUAUCAUGAUGUCUACUAGUGGACGGUGAUCAAUUAAGUGCUAAAACUAUGCAGGUUUUUCAAUCCUUUAUGGAACGAUCAGAUAUAUUACUCACAAGGGAUUUGUUCAAUUGGUAAAAGGAGUUUUCUUUUCUCAU